AUGAAGCGACAUCUUAUCUUGGACAACUCCGACUCAGAAGAUGAAAUGCCCAAUGCCGAGAGAAUCAUGGGCCGAGACUACGAAUCUCUUGUCUUCGAUGACGGAAACUACGUGAAUUCCAGCGAUUUCGAUGCGUUCGCUGCCAAACUUUAUCAAACAGAACAGUCUAACCCGGCCGUCGCACCCCAUUCAUGCUCCCACUGCGAAAAAUUACAACUAGAUCUUCGUCGUUGUAAGUCUGAUACCUACUACACCCCGAAGAGGGUCGAACACGGCAUUGCAGCUAGGGGUCCCGGCUGGCGAAUCGACGACGUUGACAUCUGCACACUGGCUGAAGCCAAGGACGCUGGAGCUCUGGAAUGCGUUUUACUCGAAAGACUGUUUUCAGCGGCGAAGAAGAUCGCCGGCUGCGAUAUAUCACUACAAGGUGAAGACAGCGAGUCCAAAUGGCGACACUCAGUUGGGAGAAAACGCAUUUUCCUACUCAUCUUCGUAACCCGAACCGAGGAGAACCCUUUGAUCCAGCUCUUCUUUGAACUCGAGGAUGAAGGAAGUAUCGCCAAGUAUGAGAUAUUUGCGCUUGCCGGUUAG